CCCUGAGGCAUGAAGGGAGGAUGAAGAGGAUUAGUGCAGAUUACUGAGCAGUUUAUAACAGCAGACAAGAGGAAGAAGAGAGAACAAACCAGUUAGGAGAUAAAUUCUUAUCAACAGGCCAACUGGACUGAACUGGUGCAGUAAACUGGCAGCAGCCUGUCAGAACAGACUCUACCAGUAAGUUUGUGGAGGUAGGUUGAACUGCUGUGGGCUGGGCUGGAGUCAGCAGCCGGCGUGGAUGGACGGGUUCCAGGCGUAUGGGGCGGGGAAGGCCGGCGGUGCCUUCGAUCCUCUGACCUUCAUCAGGCAGCCUCAGACGGUGGUCAGGAUCCUCUGCUGGCUCUUCUCCAUCGUUAUCCUGGGAUGUGUUGCUAACGAGGGCUAUGUCAACCGCCCUGAGGAGGUGGAGGAGUACUGCAUCUUCAACCGCAACCAGAAUGCCUGUAACUAUGCCGUUGCCAUGGGAACACUGUGUUUCCUCUGCAGUGCAGGUUUCCUGGCCCUGGAUGUAUAUUUUCCUCAGAUCAGUGGAGUGAAGGACAGGAAGAAGGCUGUCAUGGUGGACAUCGGGGUGUCUGCGUUUUGGUCUCUCAUCUGGUUUGUGGGUUUCUGCUUUCUGGCCAAUCAGUGGCAGUUUUCUAAACCUGAAGACAACCCUCUCAACGAAGGUGCCGACGCCGCCAGAGCCACCAUCUUUUUCUGCUUCUUCUCCAUCUUUACCUGGGGAGGAGUCAGUCUGCUGUCUUUGGAGCGUCUCAAGAGAGUCUCGUAUGAAGAAGAGUACAACAAACUGUUCACGCCUCCUCUUUCUUGAAACAAAGCCUCACCUUUUCCACACAGCCAAUCGGGGACAAGCAUUUUUACACAUUAAUUUCUCCGUUUGGUCGGUCACCUCAAGCGCCUGUUAUACAAAAGUGCCUUCUUGUUGCUCCAGCAACAGAAAGAUUUUCUCGCAAGAUGCUUAAGAUCAAAUCAUGAACUCUGAAUGUAAAGCUGGAUGCUGAUUUUUACCACAGAGACAGUAUUCUUAAACGCAGUGUGCAAGCAGAGCAGUCGCCCCAUGGCGGUAAAAUGAAUGCAUGUUAAAGGAUCCACUAAGUUGAAGGCUGUGUCCGAAUGUCCGCUCUAACCGCUGUCUAGAGCACUUUAUAGGGGUUACGCCAUGUUUAAUGAGUGUCCAAUUGUCUAGUGGAUAAAAAAGGUACCUGGAAAAGUGCAGAUAUAUCCCAGAAUGCUUUCCAAGAGCUCAAAAGAACAAAGAUGGUGCAGGCACAGAGCAGAAGAAAAAAAUAAUAAUGAUAAUACAUCCAGAAUCAGAAUUACUUUAUUAAUCUCUUGCAGUAGAUUCUUUUCUUGCAGCGCAACUGUUUAUAGGGGAGAUACGAAUAAGAUUUUAAGUAUAAUGGAAUUAAAUAAUGUUAAAAAAUAUAAUAAGACAGAAUAAAAUCAGUUUUCUGAGUUCACUAUAAAGUCCACUAUAUAGUCUUCACUCUAUAUAGUGGUUGAGGGGUUAGGGCGGAAGUUGGGACACAGCAGAAGUCUGAACUACACAGCAGGAACUUCAAUCUCAUGCUGACAGACGUUACCUCACUGGAAAAAAUGGAAAUCUAGAUGACUCUUUUUUUCUUAAAAUAAGUGCAUUUGUUCUUGGAUUGAGGAGGUAAAAGAGAAAUUUGGCCAAUGGAACAAGACCAUUUACACUUAAAAUAGGAAAACACAACCGCAUUGUCUUAUUUAAAGUGUAUGUUAUCUAAUUAUCUUAUUUUAAGAGUAAAAAUAAUCAUUCUUUUGGCAAACUAGCUCAUUUACAAACUCAAAUUAAGGGUAAAUAUACUUAAUAUAAGGAAUUUUUACUUAGUUCUAGAUUGUUUCUCCAGUGCUGUCCCUGGCACUGUGAGAACUAAUGUAUGGAAACGUCAAAAGCUUUUGAAGAAGUUUUGUUUUCUGAGAAAUAUCUGAAAUUCUGCAUCUGGUUGAUGGGUAAAAUUAAGGUCUAGUAAAAUGAUCUGAACAGAACCUUUGCUGCUGGACAGGGAGAGCCUCGUCUGUAACUGAUGAAGCCUCUAACUGAGACAAAUUUAAAUUUUCUCCUGCUUCUGUUUUUCCAACCAGAUUAUCUGUGCAGGGCGGGAUCACCGUUUGUGGUUCCUCAUCUAUAAUCCUGUUUGCUCCACCUGGUUUACCAUGAGCUGAACUGAUGUAUUAAACCUGGCUAAGUGCUGAGCGGGUAGAUGGUUUGGUUAGAGCAGAUAAUCAAUCAUAACCAGGUUAGGCGCAGCCUGCUGUGUGGUCAGACCUCAUUCAUCCUUACUGUCUGUAACAUGUUGAUGGUAUGAUUCUGUCAUGAGUGUUCUGAUGUAAUAUGACAAUUAAACAACUGUACAGUUUA